AUGUCAGCCGCCGCAGCAUCGUCGUCGAUCUCCGUCGCUUCAAAUCCGAUCAAAAGCUUGACUAUCUCCUCCAGAUCGCCACUCCCAACCGCAAUCUCCUCCGUCGCUUUCCCUUCUCGCAACCACCGCGAUACUCCUAAUCGCCGUCUCAUUCUCGUGACGUGUACCGCUGGAGAUGGAUCUAAACCUACGAUUCUCGUCGCUGAGAAGCUAGGUGAAGCUGGGGUAAAGCUUUUGGAGGAUUUCGCGAAUGUGGAUUGUUCGUAUAACAUGACUCCUGAGGAGCUCAACACGAAAAUCUCGCUCUGUGAUGCGUUGAUUGUUCGUAGUGGGACUAAGGUUGGUCGUGAGGUGUUUGAAUCGUCUCGUGGACGGCUUAAGGUUGUUGGACGCGCUGGUGUUGGGAUUGAUAAUGUGGAUCUGAGUGCAGCGACGGAGUUUGGGUGUUUGGUCGUUAACGCACCGACGGCGAACACGAUCGCUGCCGCUGAACAUGGAAUCGCACUUUUGGCCGGCAUGGCUAGGAACGUUGCUCAAGCUGAUGCUUCUGUUAAAGCUGGAGAGUGGAAGAGGAACAAGUAUGUUGGUGUUUCACUUGUGGGGAAGACUCUUGCAGUGAUGGGAUUCGGUAAAGUUGGAACGGAAGUUGCUCGUCGUGCUAAAGGUCUUGGUAUGCGUGUCAUUGCUCAUGAUCCUUAUGCACCAGCAGACCGUGCACACGCCAUUGGUGUUGAUCUAGUGAGCUUUGAUGAAGCCCUUGCGACUGCGGAUUUCAUUUCUCUGCAUAUGCCUCUUACGCCAGCGACAAACAAGAUACUUAAUGACGAAACCUUUGCCAAAAUGAAGAAAGGAGUUCGCAUUGUCAAUGUUGCUCGUGGUGGUGUCAUAGAUGAAGAUGCGUUAGUGAGAGCUCUGGAGUCUGAAAUUGUUGCUCAGGCUGCACUUGAUGUUUUCACUAAAGAGCCACCGGCUAAAGACAGCAAGCUCGUGCAGCACGAGAGAGUCACUGUGACACCUCAUCUUGGAGCCAGUACCAUGGAGGCUCAGGAAGGAGUUGCCAUCGAAAUUGCUGAAGCUGUUGUUGGAGCUCUGAAUGGAGAGCUUGCUGCUACUGCUGUCAAUGCACCGAUGGUUUCUGCUGAGGUUCUGACCGAGCUGAAACCAUAUGUGAUACUAGCUGAGAAACUUGGGAGACUAGCUGUGCAACUGGUGGCUGGAGGAAGCGGCGUGAAAAACGUAAAAAUCACAUACGCCUCAGCACGAGCCACAGACGAUCUUGACACAAGACUUCUACGAGCCAUGAUCACCAAGGGAAUCAUUGAGCCAAUCUCUGACGUAUAUGUCAACUUGGUCAACGCCGAUUUCACAGCCAAACAGAGAGGUCUCAGACUCUCAGAGGAACGUGUGCUUUUGGACGGAUCACCAGAGAGCCCGUUGGAGACAAUAAAUGUUCAGCUAAGCAACGUAGAGUCCAAAUUCGCCAGUGCGUUGUCUGAUACAGGAGAGGUCAAAGUGGAAGGAAGGGUUAAAGACGGAGUCCCGCAUUUGACGAAGGUUGGAUCUUUCGAGGUCGAUGUGACACUUGAAGGUAGUAUCAUAUUGUGCAGGCAGGUUGAUCAACCCGGUAUGAUCGGGACAGUCGGAAGCAUCCUUGGAGAGUCUAACGUCAAUGUUAACUUCAUGAGCGUUGGAAGAAUCGCACCGAGGAAGCAAGCGAUUAUGGCGAUUGGAGUAGAUGAUCAGCCAAGCAAGGAAACUCUUAAGAAGAUUGGGGAAAUUCCAGCGGUCGAGGAGUUUGUUUUCCUUAAGCUCUAG